AUGAAUGAACUGCAAUCAGGCUUUACCCACAAAGGAGAGGAAAUCGAUAAUUUAUAUACUUACAAUACUUGCAUACAAGAAACGUACAGAAGAAAGGGCCCAUUAUUUGUAGUAUCAAUAGACUUCCAAAAAGCAUUUGACUCAGUUAAUAGAAAAAAGCUCAUUGAGGUCAUGAUGAAAAAAUAUAGGCUGCAUGCAGAAGGCCAUGUGACUUCAUAUUACAGCUCAGAACUAAUGAAGUAUACUUCAUUUCAAGUACAUGAUACAGAGGAGAUAAGAGAUAUUCUGUCAAUAGAGCCAGGUAUUCUUGUUCUUACUCCCACAUCACUUCAUCUACGAACAAGACAAGGAAUGCACACACUAGUUCAUACAUCUCCUCAGUUAGAGAACAUGCAGUGCAUGUUGCAGUUGGCAGAUAACUUUAAUCAUAGGCUUUUAAUGGGAGGGCACCAAAGUACCUUAAUUGAAUAUGACUUGAUGCGUUUUGAAGAGACUGUUUUGCAUGAUGUAGGUGAAAAUGGAUGUGCCAUUCUUCGUGAUCAUCCAAGGUUUGUGUGUUGUGGUGAUGUUUCUGGGAGAAUCAGCUUGAAAGAUCCGAGGACCAUGCGACAGGAGCAUUCCUUUCAAGCACAUAGUGGCAUUCUUUCAGAUUUUGAUGUUUUAGGAAAUUAUAUCGCAACCUGUGGGUUCUCAAACAGCUGUGGCCCCACAACAUUUUUACGAUUUAUGCCUGGGUUAUCCUCAUGUCUUGCUGUUAUUGGACCACAGGGCCAGUGGCAGCUAAUGGAUGCUGGACGACCAGACAGUGCUAUAAUUGGCCAUUACCAUGCAAACAUUGCUCCAACAGGUGAUAUAACUUCCCUUGAUGUAUCAACUUCAUCACAAGCAAUUGUCAUGGGGGACAACUGUGGAUCAUUGCAUCUUUUUACAUCUUGUACCAAGCCAGUCUUCAACAAUUUUUCACAGGAGACCACACUACCUGAUGUCCCAGAGCAGACUCAAACAAUGCCAUUAACAGAUGUGACGAGCUCUUUGUCAUCCGUUCCCAUUUUUUAUCCAAGUAGCCCAAUGUUGUCUGAUUGGCCUGAGCAAUAUAUGAAGGUGCGAUACAGACUGAUAUACAUUGUUGAAUUUUUGAAGAAAAUAUUGUUGACUGAGGUGAAAGAGAAGCAGAAAGAGGAGAAAAAGAAUGCUGAAGUUAAAAAAAGAUAGUGAAGACAAAGAAAAUAAAAUGACCGUUCAGCAGCUGUUACAGGAAGUCCAUCAACACCUUCAAAAAGGAAUGCAUAUCCUGAGAGUCCUGCGCAGCACACACCUAAUGCACGCCCUUGUAGAUAUGGUACUUCAUGCACUCGUUCUGAUUGCCGUUUUGGACAUCCAGGACGUGAUACUGCAGAUGGUCAGCAGCCUGCUCACAUAUUAAGCUUACUGGAUCAAACAAUGGAGCAUUCUUGGGUUCCAUUUGGCAUGAGGGCAAAGCUUAAUGAAAAUGGAACAGUAACUCUUAAAGAUAUACCAAAAGCUAAGCUUGAAGAAUCGGUUGAUAAUGAAGAUGGAGUUGUCUAUGAACUUGUAGGGGUAGUUUCUCACAUUGGAGAUCCUCGCUUUCCAGACAAAAAUAACUUGGUGGCAUGUAUCAAAGUGGGCCCUACAUAUCAUGUACGAGCCAAAGUGUCAUCUGUGUCACAUUGGUAUUUAUUUAAUGACGUCAGUAUUCAGCCAAUUGCUGCUGAGGAAGCAGUGUGGUUCCCAUGUGGUUGGAAAGUACCUUGUGUCCUGUAUUGGCAACGACGUCAUAUUCCUUCAGCGCUCGAAAAAAUAGAACCAGGUAAUCCAAUAACUAGUGAUGUUUUUGGAGAAGAUAAGUCACUGGCGCAAAGAGGAAGAAAACGAAUCACUUUUACACCUCUCACAGCAGAUGAAAUGCCAGGCGAAGGUGACUUGGUUGCAAUGGAUGCAGAGUUUGUUAAUUUACAUCAGGAAGAAGCAGAAAUUCGUAGCGACGGCACAAGAACAACUAUAAAGCCAUCUCAGAAGUCUGUUGCCAGAAUAACUUGCAUUAGAGGGUAA